AUGCCUUUCCUAGUCUCUGCUUCUUCGCCCAUAACUGCUUCUCUUCUCUCUCUAAGAUCCCCUUUUGCCAUUGCGAUUGUCAAAGCCGCUAUUGAUUCACAUCUGUUCAAACGUAAUCCUCCGAUUUGGGUUGUUGGUUGUUCAAAUGAAUCGGUUCAUGGACAACUUCAUGGUGGCGAGAACACCGACUCCGCGGACACCUCUAUUGUCGCAUAUUCCGAGGAACAGUUCUUCUACGGUGUCACAGGCGGCGUUGAAUGGGUGGCAUCGUCUCGUCUCGGCCAGGCCGAUGACGUCAAACUUUAUUCUUCUUGCUUGCAUGAGUAA